GCCAUCAAUUGUCAUCCAGCCACAAAAGCAAUUACAGUUUGACUCGUGUACUCGCGCCCCAGUCGCGUAUAAAUUCGACUGCAUUGUGAAAUAGUGUUUUAGUUUAUAUAUUCGCCAGUUGCUAUGCCAUAAUGGAAAAUAACAAUGAAUCGACCGCACCAGGCUUCAUACGUCCCCGUAGGAUCGCACCCCAGAACAUCGUUUUGCGCCUGUUUGCCCGCGAGAGCGGUAUGUAUCGGCGCGGCACGGAAAGCUACGUCUCACGGAAAUUCUAUCAAAACAUCUACCCGAACCUGACCGUUGUGAACGUGGAAAAGCCGGCAGGGUUCCUGCGAAAAUUUAGCCCCGACGGGAAGUAUUUAAUUGGCUUCUCAUACGACCAGACGUCGGUGGAGAUUUACCGCUUUCUGGGCGUACCGGCGGCAGCGAAUCUCCUGAAUCUCUGGAAUGAUGAUAUCGUGCCGAAUGUAAAUAAGCAUCUCCCAUACUUCAUCCGCAGCCAGAUCUUCGAGAAACUGUUCAAAUUGCAAAAGACAGUGAGCGUUUCACAGCUCAAUAAGCAACUGAACCGCGAGUGCAGUCUGUUCACAAACGACGGCCGAUUUGUGAUCGUGGGGGCGGCUUCCUUCAUAUCAGACGACAACCGGCCCGGAUUUCACGAAAUCUACACCACAAACGAAGCUAUCACUCCUACAUCCAAGUACAACUUGGAGGACUUCUCGAUAUAUCUCGUGGACAUCCAAGAGGGCCGCGUUACGGACACGGUGGACUUCAACGUGGACAAAAUCUUUCUGGCGCACAACCAAGGGAUUUAUUUGUACAAUAACACCUUCGCCGUCCUUUCCGUCUUCCACCAAACCAUUCACAUCUUCGAGAUCUACAACGGACGCUUCAUGGCUGUGCAAAAGAUCGGGCGGUUCUGCAGUGAAUUCGAGAAAAACCUUUACAACGCGACAUAUCCGAACCCCAUGUUUCGACCGUUCAUGGAGAAGACGAUAAAUAGCCUGAAGCACCGAGUGCUGGUCUUCCUCUUUAAGAAGGCGACGCUUGACCAACGGAGCUCUGGCGAGGCAUUCUAUUUGAGGAAGUACUUUCAGUUCUUCGAUUCGUACAAAAGCCUGCGAAUGUGGAAAAUGCAGCUACUUGACGAGGAUCACCUUCUGAUCAAAUACGCGAGUGAGGAGGUGGUCAGCCUGAAGGUGCUCGAGCCCAACAGCCACCCCUCGUUCUUCGUCUUCUACAGUAUACCAGACAGCCGCGUUCUGGAGGUUUUUGAUAACACCUCGAGAGACCUUUUACACCUCUUCGAGAAUUUCUGUGAUAUGUUUCGGAACACCCAAGUGCAGUCCGAUUCACUCUUCCCCUGCUCACCUAGUAAUAAUAUUUAUGCUAAGCUCCUUCAACAAAAGUGCAAACAAACAAUAAUCAGUGCCCGCGGCGGAGGCGCCAUCGAGGCCACAAAACGAAUGCUUGCUCAACUACCGAUCAGUGCGCAGAGUUACAGCUGCUCGCCGUACUUGGAUUUGAAUUUGUUUAGUUAUGAUGACAAGUGGAUUUCGGUGAUGGAGCGGCCUAAGGCGUGCGGAGAGUAUCCAAUAAGAUUCUUCGAUCGCGAAACUGGCCUGUUCAAGUUCCGCAUAUAUCCGGGAUUGCAAGAUAGAAGGGCGACGAGCGCGCCACGCAGACUGGUCGCGUUCACUUUUCAUCCAACCGAACCUUUUGCCAUCAGUGUUCAGCGUGUUAACAAUGAAUAUGUCGUCAACUUUCAUAUUCGGCACGAACCUUUUCGUUUGAAUAAGUAGAUAAAAAAAUAGUUAAUUGGAAGCAGA